AUGACUAGAGCUAGGGAGUUGACUGGAUACCCAUAUUUUUCACCACCACCGCCAUCACCACCUCCACCAUGCCCACCACCACCUCCUCCACCAACACAUGGCUACGUAUAUGCUUCACCACCACCACCUCCUCCACCAACACAUGGUUAUGUGUAUGCUUCACCACCACCACCACCACCACCACACCAAGUACACCCACCAACUUAUACUCCUAAGCCUCCUACUCCCGUAGCGAAGCCACCAUCAUACACUCCAGUACCUCCUACUCCCAUCGCAAAACCACCGGGGUACACUCCUAAGCCUCCUACUCCUGUUGCUAAGCCGCCAUCAUAUACUCCAGUACCCCCCACUCCAGUUGCUAAGCCACCAUCAUACACUCCAGUACCACCAACUCCAGUUGCUAAGCCACCAUCAUACACUCCUGUAGCUCCAACUCCCGUUGCUGAACCACCAAAGCACACACCUGUACCUCCUACUCCCGUUGCUAAGCCUCCUAGUCCCGUCGCUAAGCCACCUUCAUACACUCCUGUACCUCCGACUCCUGUUGCGAAACCACCUGGUGGGUAUGUUAAGCCACCGUAUCCAUCAGUAAAACCACCAACUCCAUCUUCAAAACCACCAGGUGGGUACGUUAAGCCACCAACUCCAUCUUCAAAACCACCAGGUGGGUACGUUAAGCCACCAUAUCCAUCAGUUAAACCACCAGGUGGGUCAUACACACCGGGCGCAUCACCACCUGGUUAUUACUCCACACCACCAGUAGUUUAUGGUGUCCCAGCUCCAUCACCUGGUUUCAAUGUAAUUACAGGUCCUCCUCCAGUUAUCACACCUUCACCACCAGGGAAAAAUCACACAACAGUUAUUGCAGUAUGUGCUGCAUUAGGUGGAGCUUUCUUGCUAUUCCUUGCCCUUGGUGCUUUCUGUUUUGUCAAGAAGAAGAGACUUGCAGCAGCACACCACGAGGGAGGAGCAGCAGCAGCCGGUGGCGGAUACGGUGCUGCCCAUGGCGGAGCUGCAGCUGGUGGUACCGGUGGUGGAUAUGGAGCUCAUUGA